AUGAGUGUAGUCUCCAAACCUUUUCCUCUCUUCCGGCUCCCAGCAAUCCCACUAAAAAAGAUUAAUCGAUACAUGGAUCUCGAAGACAUACUUCUGAUAUCAAUGGCUUCCAAAAAAUCGGCAUUCAUCAUGAAAUCUCUUCUACCACCAAAUUGCUUCCACUUAGAAUUCCAAUUUUCUAAAAAAUCGGAAAUUUCUCUUGUCGCGAAGGGACUCUGGAAGCCAAUGAUAGUCAAAUGUGAAAAAACUGGACAAAUUUAUGAAUUAAAGAUUGCUCAAGAUAAUGGAGUUAUCACUCAUUGGUGUACGAGUCCAGAUUUGGAAACCAUAGUAAACGCAAUGCUGUCUCACUUUGCAAUUGUCUUCAACCCGACAAUUUCUAUUGACUUUGGAGAAAUUUGUCAUCAAGAAUUCAUGAUGGGUGUGUUGAAUCACGUGAAACAGUUGAAUCUUGUCAAAAAAUUGAUUUACCUAACACCAGUUUUCAUGUCAUCGGAGAACUAUGAACACAUCCUGGAACAAUGCAAGGAAGUUUCCGAACUUUGGCUUUUUUGCAAAGUCGCAUCGGAUUUCGUGUACCGUGCAGGUCCUGACUUCAGAAUGGGUUAUUUAAACGUCGAGGACGGCCACUGGAUGCAUUUGGAGGAUUUUACAAACUGCAAGAGGGUAUCAGUCUGGAAUAGUAGUGGACACGAACAACCGAAGUAUACUAACCCCGAAGUGUUGAGAGCUUUUAUCAGAAAAUGGAUAGAGUCGGAGUGUCGAUUACAGCACCUUGAAACGUAUGGAGGUCGGGUUCGAAUUGAUUUCAGAGAGAUCUUGUCAGGACUCGAGUAUAGAACAAUUGAACAAUGGGAAAACACUUAUAGUGUUGAAAUCACAAGAAGAUGCGAUGGAAAGAAGGCAAUAGUUACAUUUGGAACAUAUAAUUUUGAAUUCUUAGUCUGA